AUGGUGAAGUGCAACUGCAACAUCAAGGGCAUCGGCCCCUUUAACCUGGCCGCCUGCGUUGUGAUAUUUUCUCUAUACAAUAUGCUGAGCUCAACUGUUGAGCUUUGCGCCGUGAUGAGAAGAAAUGCCACACAAGGGGGCUCGGAUUCUGUUGCAGCUUUCAACUUCUUCUCUUCGUCCUUCACUAUCAUUGCCGGCGCGUUGGGUGUUCUCUCAACUAUCACCAAGUCUCAUAGAUUCGUGCUGGUAGUUUUGAUCGUUGCUAUCAUUACGAUGGUAUGCGAUGCAGGGGAGCUGAUAGCCAAUGCAGCAUCGGGGGCCCCUAGCGUGUUUCAGUUUAUUAUGACGACGUUACACUUUCUUCUGAAUUCUGUUGCCAUGGUUGUAUUUCUCUCGUAUUAUAGAGUAUUAAAAAGUGGAGGAACAGGCAGAGAAAGAAUGUCGCCUGAUGAUUUCAAAAACUUAGAUGAAGCCUCCACAGACAGCGGAAACAACCCGCUAGCAACCCCGAAGAUGGCCACAGAGGAUACUCCUUUGAUGGCCUGA